UCCCUCACACACACUUUGACAGAUGAGUGUGUGAAGCUCGCUAAGCUUAUCUCAAAGUCGUCAUAACCUCUAAAGAACCUGGACGAGGCUACAAACAGAUGCCGUCGUACACGUACGCGUGCGCGGCGCACCCGGCGCGCGUACUGCGGCGCUUGGACGAACUGCGGCUGCGCGACGCUCUUUGUGACGUCACCGUGCAGGUAGACGGCCGCCGUUUCCACGCCCACCGCGCCGUGCUGGCCUCGUGCAGCGACUACUUCGCCGCAAGGCUCCCACGCGCCCAGGCGCGCGAGGACGAUGACGUCACGCUGCCACCCGAGGUAACCGUGGGCGGAUUUGAGCCGCUGCUGACGUUUGCCUACACGUCCGAGCUGCUCUUCGGUAAACACAACAUCCUGGAAAUCCGCCAGGCAGCGUCCGUGCUGGGCUUCCGAGACCUGGACUACGCCUGUUUCGACUUCCUGCUCCCCAAGUUCAGCUCGGACCUGCCUCCGCCGCCAUCAAGGAGGAAGAGGUGCUGUAUAAAGAAGCAGAAAAGCCAGGAGGAGGACGAUCACCACAAAGCUGUCAAACCACUGGCGAGGGAAGCUGCUCCACCUGGCUGCAUGGAGGGGAAUGACAGGAGGGCCAUAUUCUCAUUUUUUCCAGAUGGGGGCACAGGAGGACCCAAGUAUCGCAAGUUCCAGCUGGCUUGUGGGAAAGAGAUACCUCAGAAACAUUGCGGAUUAAAGGAGGCCUUUGAAGAAGGAACCAGGUUCUGCAGUGGUCCCAAUCUAAUAACAGAAAUUACUGGAUGCCAGGAUGCAACAAAGCCUCUGGGAAAUGGCAGCAGCAAGGGAGACAAAGUGGACAAGAGUCCCAGAUCCAAUUCAGGCCCCUUUCAUCAGGACACAAUAUCAGAAGAUGUAGAACAAGGACCAGGAACAAGGUCCUCAGGUGGUCCCGAGCUAGUACGAGGUACCACGCAGAAAGCUGAACUUCCCAGAAGACUUACAGGGUGCAAGGAUCGAGACCAUCUUCCAAGAAAUGAUGCCAAUGUGAGUCCCAGGUCCGACGCAGUCCCCUAUUAUCAGGACCCCAUCACAGAAGACAGAAAACAAGGACCGGGACCCCUAUUCUCUGGUGGUCCCAAGAUGGUUCCAGCUGCUACCCAAAAAGAUGAAGAUCCUGGAAGCCAAAAAGAGGGCAAGAAUGAAGCAGAACCUUCAGGAAAUGGUUCCAAAAAGGGUCCCAGGUUUGACUUGGUCCCCUCAUGUCAGAAAAGCAUCAUAGAGGAACAAGGACCAGGAACAAGGUUUUUUGGUGGUCGUGUUCUGGUACCUCGUGAAACUCGACUAACUUCAAGACUAGCAGGAUGCAAGGACCUGGAUGGGUGUCUCAGGUCUAAUUAUAGCCCCUAUCAUCAGAAAACCUCUACAGAAGAGAGAGAACAAGGACCAAGAAGGAGAUUUUCUGCUGGUCCUGAUCAAGUUGAAGGUGCCAUCCAGAAAGCUGAAGCUCCCAGACACCAGCAUGGACCAGAGUAUCUCAGGUCCGACUCUGGCCCCUCUCAUCAAAACACUAUCACAGAAGAUGAUGAAAAAGGACCAGGAACAAGUUUUUUUCAUGAUCCCAAGCUGGUUCCAGGUGCUACCCUGAAAGAUGAAGUUCCCAGUAGACUAAAAGGUCUCAUGGACCUAGCCGAGGAUUCAGGAUAUGGCACCAGCUUGGAACCCAGGUCCAACUUUGUCCUCUCUCAUCAAAGCACUAUCACAAAAGUCGAAGAACAAGGACCAGGAACAAGGUUCUCCGGUGGUCUAGGUCUGGUAGCAAUUUCCGCCCGGAAAGUUGAAGGUCCCAGAACACUAACGGGCUGGAAGGACGUUGACAUGUGUCCUAUGUCCGACGCAGGCCCUUUCCAUCAGGACACCAUCGCAAAAGAUGGUAAACAAAGACCAGAAAUGAAAUUUUCUGUUGCCACAUGGAGAGUUGAAUGUCUUGGAAGACUAUGCAAGGAUGGAGCAGAUCUUCCAAGAGAUCCCAAAGGAGACAACCUGGACACAAAUUCCGGGUCCGACUCUUCCCAAUUCCAUCAGAAAAUCAUAGAACAAGAACAAGAACCAGGAAGACGGUUCUCUAGUGAUCCCAAUCUAGUCCCAGGUGUCACCCUGAAAAGUAAAGCUCCGGGAGACGAGGAGGGAGCAGAGUACCCUGGGUCCGACCCGAGCCCCUCUCAUCAGAGCUGGCUCCAGGUGGACCUCAAGUACCCCUUCCGAGCACAGAAUCAGGACCCGGAGCGAGGUGGAACUCAGUGGAAAGGAGGCAUGCUGUCCGAGAGUGAGGGAGCCUCCCAGUCGGGCCUGUCGUCUCUCAACUCAGGUGAGGAUGGAGACUCGGAGACUGACGGCGACGGAGAAUGGUGCCCCAGAGAACGGGCCAGACAGGUUAAUCUUCCAUUCUCUGUGGAUUACGCUGUGCGUCUGAACCGCGUGGACCUGCAGAAUCUGCUAAGUCAGCACGCAUUGACACGCCAGCAGCUAGAUUUGAUCCAUGAUAUCCGGCGGCGUAGCAAAAACAGACUGGCCGCACAACGCUGCCGCAAGAGGAAGCUGGAGUGCAUCGCCAACCUGCAGGAGGAAAUCAACAAGCUGAAGUGCGAGCGUGAGAAGCUCCUCGUGGAGAAGAACCAACUUCAUCAUCUGGAGACCACCACGCGCCUCAGCGUCACGGCACUCAGUGAGCGCGUCUGUGGCAAGGCCCGAGACCUCAGGCCAGAGCAGCUACGACUCCUUGACCCCCAUUGCUCCCUCGUAUCACACCUUGACGCCCUACUCUUGACGCCUCACUUAUCUUCCGCAACGCCAGCCGAGACUCAAGAACAUUUAGAGAACAUGAGAAUGGACAUGAAGGAUUGCUGAUUUUUUUAAAAAUCAGUUAUUUCUUGUCUUAUUUUUCUUUUUUUAUGUCAUAAAUAUGAACUUCCUUGACCAUAUUUGGAAGUGAACACCAGCAUCUAUAUUUGUACGAGGCACAGUUUUGAUCAUUUAAAGCAGGGGUGGGAAAAAGUUUGUGUUCAAGAGCCAAAUUUUAUUUUAAAAUACACAGGCGUCAUUCGUAGAAAGUUAAACUGUUUAUGUAUGCUGUAAUCAUUUUGUUAAAUAACAAUUAUUUGUCCUUUUUAAAAUUGUAUCAUUGACCGAACAUUUUAUCAAAUUAAACAAUUCAAUUGUUUCAAAAUAUUAAAUAUUUAUUGUUAUUAUAUUAUUUAAAAUGAACUAAUUAAACAAAUAUUUAAUGAAAUAAAUGAAUAAAACAAAUUAACUAAUUUUAGGAAAAGCGCUAAAUUACUGCAGCAAACAUUACAAGAUGUAAAUGCGCCGGGCCGUACUUUGCCCACCCGUGCUUUAACGAGUACACUCACCCAUUAAUGUCCAGCCAAGAGUCAGGAAUUGAAAGAUUCUAGUAUAUUUAUAUUCAUUUCUUCAAUGGUUUUUGAAUUUUUUUUCUCCUGUAAAUGUUUUACUACCGACUUUUCAUCCUUGGCAACUUUUACAUGUGCAAAUAUGUACGGAUUUACUAUCAAACACAGCAUUUCCAGUUGGACCACAAUAAUGUGUGUAAAAGUAGCAACUCAAGUUGAUUUGAAGAAUUGUUGUGUUUUCUAACAACAGUGGUGCCAAAGACGUUUCUUCAUUCCAUUUCCUCUCAAAACACACACAACACUUUAAAUGUUCUAACUUAUGACGUAUAUAGUCACCAGUGUUGAAGUAAAACAAUUAAAAUGUUCAUUUGGGCUCUUUUAUUGGGGUAACAAAAAAUCAACUCUUCGUUCUCAUAGGGAGUCAUUAAAUGUCCGACUUUCCGUGUGGUCAUUAAAUGCGUCGUUAUGAAAAAGUUGUAAGGUGACCACAAUGUCACCAGAGGGCGCCAGAGGUUUGCGAAAGGGGCGACAACGCGUUUAGUUGAAACGUUGUCAUCUAUGGGAAAUGUUGCUGGUGCGUGAUAAUGGGAUUCUAAUCCCUGUCAAAAUGGUGGAGCAAUUCAACAGGAAGAAGAUCCCGAAUGCGUUUCAUGACUGUUUGCAUGUUAGCAUUGACUACAGGUGCAAGAGUAUAAAAUCCUUAUUGAGCUGCCUUUGCGCGUACUCAGUCGUAGUCCGUUAAUCUUGCUGUAUGUUAGAAUUUUGGCAAUUCUCAUUACAAAUAGUAAAGGACUACAUGGUGAGAAACAAAAAAAUCCUCAUCAAUCUGCGUUGGCAUUUUCUAUACUCAAACUCAGGUUGCCCGUAUGGUAGCAACUUUUAGCACGUUAGCAAUUAACACUUGCAAUAGUAGGCCUACUUGAUUUUAGGGUUUGACGCAAACUCCUCAGAAUCUGCCGUAGCGCUUUACCUUCUCAGGUUGCUAUCUAACGUCUACAUGUUAAAAUUUGUGCAAUUGUCAUCAGACAUAAUGCACAAGUACACGGAAAGAUGUCGAAUCCUCGAGGGCGCGUAUUAGCACGUUUUGCAUUUGCUGCACUCAAACUCAGGUUCCUAGCUUGUUGUUUUAGCAUACCGACUGUUAACAUGUAAACAAAUGUCACGUGAAAUACCCGUUCAACCGUUGUAAGAUUGUAAACUUCUACUUGAUCUGCCUUAGUGCUUUUAUUUGUACUCAGAUUUCUAUCUUGCUAUAUAUGUUAGCAAUUCUCACGACACACAGUACCUAAAUACAGGUGUAAUGGUGUAGUGACUUUCUGCAGUGAGGUGGCUAUCUUGCUAUAUGUUUGCAUAACAACGGUUAGCAUUUGUAGCGAUUCUCAUCAGAAAAGAUGGCCGACUUCACAGUGAGAUGUAUCAUCCUUAUCAAUCUCCCUUAGCAUUUUCUGUAGCUAUUUUUUUCUUUCUUUCUUUGUCCUGUUCGAAUGUUCGGUCAAACAGAAAGGAGGAUUUGUAUUCUUUUUAUGCCGGAAGAGUUUUGCUGUGCCACAGUGGAGUUUUUAAGAUGCCACUGUGCGUCUUUGUAUUCUGAUAGAUUUUUUUAAUUGAAAAUUUCUGUCACGCAGAACAAAGUUUUAAAGGGGAGUGACAUUGAAAAGAUGACAAAAUAAUAUUAGCAUUGCAUUUUCUGUACUUAAACUCAGGUUGCUAUCUUGCUAUAUCUUCGCAUACCAACUGCAGGUUAGCAUUUUAGCUAUUCACAUCAAAUGUAGUACACAACUACACGUCAAGAUGAAAACCCCUUCCGGACCUGUCUGAGCACGUUUUUUU